CAGUUCGCGCCAAUGCCGGGACAGAUGGCAGAUGUUUUGUAACAGCAGUCAAAACUGUACGCGGAAAGUCGAUUUUGAGGCGAAAUUUCCGGGCCAUUUUCAGCUUUGCGAGACCAUUUCCGGGCUCUCAGAGCAAUCAAGACGAAACUUCGGUCCUCAGCCAAGAUGAUUAUCGUGAACAAACCGUGAUCGAUCGAUAUUUCGAUGGUUUUCGACGUGGAUUUAGUCGCGCCUGCCGUGCCUUCCGCCACAAUCGGUACAUCGGAAACCAUUUUGUUUGGAGCACGGGAACAAGCGAAAAUUUCGGUUAAAUUGACAGAAAAAUCGACGGUUUACUCGGACUGAUGCGGCCCAGUGAUCCAUGGAAUAGUCCAGCCAAAAGGAUCAUCAGUUGGGUGCCGAUUUGGUGCUGAAAAGUAGCGGAAAAGCGGUGCGUAAUGGCGGUUUGAAUUGCAACAAAUGUCCCGUUGAUAGAGCCCACACUUCCAGAAAAUGCCGAAACCACCCGGAGUACAUCACGGGGAAAGUCCCCAAAAAGUCUACAGGAAAAUGAUUUUGUCGACAACACCGGACAUGGCGAUCGUCAAAGACGAGUACAGUAAGCAGGACUACAUCAAGUCGCAAAACACGCCCAACCGCCACAUGAUCGAUCACGCUUAUGUUACGCCCAGGAACCAGAUGAUGACCCAAACUCCUCCAUCAGCGCCGGCCGUUAAGCGGAAACUCAACCUGGAAAGCCACAACUACAACAAAGUACCUCUUUUGCACAAGGAAGAAUUUAAAACGCCCCAACCCAAACGGCAAAAGAAGCAUUCGCGGUAUGACACGUCGCUCAGUCUGCUGACGAAAAAAUUCUCGCAACUGCUACAGAAAAGCCCCAAUGGUGUGGUCGAUCUGAAUAAAGCGUCGCAAGACCUGCAGGUGCAAAAACGUCGCAUUUACGACAUCACUAACGUAUUAGAGGGCAUCGGGUUGUUAGAGAAAAAGUCGAAAAACAAUAUUCAGUGGAAGGGUGGUACGGACACUAGUAGUUUUUUUACGUUGAAGAAACAGCUGGAAACUCUAGAGGAUCGGGAGAAUCAGUUGGACCGGCAGCUGCAGAUGGCCGAGCGAGAGCUGAGAAAAUUGGGAAAUGACAAAUUUGGGUAUGUAUCAUACACUGACCUCCGAUCCAUUCCCAAAAUGAGACAUAAGACUGUGAUGGCGAUCAAGGCGCUCCCCAACACGCAACUUUCGGUGCCCACUGGUGAGGAAACCGACAGUGAAGACCGGUAUAGCAUUAGAAUGAAGAGCCGUGAUGGACCUAUUGAAGUAUUUUUGUGCCCAGAACCGCCUUUACCAGCCAAACAACCUCGGCCAGUGCCUCCAAUGGACCCUCUUCUUAAGGAUAUCAAUUUUAGUCCAGGGAUGGGUUUGUUUGAGUUUUCCACACCACCUGUACCUCAGUUGGACAGUCCCAUAGUGGCUCCCAGCCAUCAUAAGCCCAUUUCCUCACAGGUGUGCAGAUCCUUGUCCUUUAUCAAAGAAGAGUACAACGCGUCGGCGUCCGCAACCAAUAGUGUAGCGGAAAAUGCGAUAGCGGCGCCGGCCCCUAACGGGUACCUGCAGGCUUCCACCUCCUGCCAGGGGCCGAGCAGUGGCGUGCUGCCAGCGGAAAGCCCCUUGUGCUUCCAAGGAACGCGUCCAUCCACUGUGCAAUUGGAUCCAAAACUGGAGUCUCCCGAAGACGACCAACGGAUGCCCUAUCGAUUCGCCGCUCUUUUUGGCGAUAGUCCGUUGCCCGGAUUGCGGCCUUGGUCUAGCACUAAUGGUAGUUCUUUUGGCGUGGACCCGUUCUUCAACCUAUCAGAGCCAUUUGUCUCGCUGGAACCACACAUGCAACCAGAGUACAAUUUCAGCCUGGACAAUACCGAAGGCCUGGCUGAACUUUUCGAUUACGACCUCGUUAAUUUCUAGAAUAACAAAUUUCGCCCCAGUUUUGCUCACUUUUUUCAAGUUCAGUUCGACGCCACACAACUCUUAACUGAACAAGCGCGACUUUCAAAAUGAAAAUGAACACAAAAUUCCUUAAAGUAAUUUUUAGCUUUAGUUUUGUUACACAAUGGUUGGCACCAGUGCGUUAAUUUGGGGGCUUAAACCGCAAGUUUAACUAAACAGUUCCAGCUUAAUUGUGAGAUACGAAACGGUUUUUUUUUAGUGGAAACACCGGUUUUCUUGUAGGGGUUGUCACGCCAGUAAAAGUUGUAAAUAACUGUCCGCAACAAAGUUGUAAUGGUUUUUUGAACGUUAUCUAGUGUUUUCAGGAUUUCUUUGUUCGUUUUUGGAAGAAAACCAGCCAGAAUAAAUCAAAAAGCAUUUGUUGAAACUG